AUGGAACGUUUAUAUAUCAAAAAGCUUCACCCAGACGCAAUAAUUCCGACUCGUGGUUCUGUUCUCGCCGCUGGGUAUGAUCUUUACUCGUACAUUGACUUCAAAAUCAGCCCACACAGUUGGUUAGCUGUUCCGACGGGAAUUGCUGUUCACAUUCCAUCGGACUGUUACGGGAGGGUUGCGCCAAGGUCUUCCUUAACGUUGAAGAAUGGCCUUGAUGUUGGCGCGGGUGUUGUUGACGAAGACUACAGAGGGGAGAUCAAAGUUAUAUUAUUCAACCACUCUGAUGUCGAAUUUAAAGGGUCGAAGGGUGAUAGAAUAGCGCAAAUGGUUAUUGAAAGGAUAUGUAAAUGUCCAGUUGUGGAGGUUGAUGACCUAAAUGAGACUGAACGGGGGAGUUCUGGAUUUGGGUCAACGGGGAAAUAA